AAGAAUUCAAUAGGUUAUGUUCAAAAUGAGGGUUCUCUAUGAGGAUCGUUUCGCAAUAUCCCAGACCAGAAAGUGCGGCUGUGAGCACCAAAACGAUUCUCUCAAAUACACUUGUUUAUGCUGGAUUAUAUGCGAUUUUCUUGUACAGCGUUUAUCCAGUUGCCAGGUUUUACUCAUCACGGUGCAUUUUUCUUGCUGGCAUUAAUUUUUGCAAAGCUGUAAGCUGGUGUUUAUAAUGUGUGCGGCGAUGGUAAGCUUGAGGCGGAUGUUGAUGGUGGGGUACGUGCUCGCCGGUGUAUUGCAUGGGAAGUUUGUCCAAUCUGCGGCAGCUCCUACCGUUUGCGACCUAGAUCUCGGGUGUGGUGCUGGAUGCCCUUACGCUUGUCCUUUCGGAUUUCCAUGUGAUACACCCAAAGACUGUCUUUCGGGUUCCUGUACAGGAGGAUAUUGUGAUACGGGCAAAUCGACAACGUCAAAACCAUCCACAACUGGCGAACAAUCCUGGGAACUCACCGAUUUGACGACGGGAACCGAUGCAUUCAAUGUGGUCAAGAGCUCUUAUGGGGAAACCAAUCGUAAAAUCGUUAAAGACCCGGCAGGGUCAGGCAAGCCAGUGCUGAGUGUCUUCUACCCUGCAGGCAGCUACAACCCUUCCGGCAAACCACGAGGUGGAACUGGGUUCUAUGCUCAGCCUAUCAAUUUAAGCAAUGCAAAAGUCGUAUCGUUCGAGUAUCAGAUAUACUUUCCAAGCGGAUUUGCUUUUAAUAAGGGCGGGAAGCUACCUGGACUCUACGGUGGUCGUGAGAGCUGCUCCGGAGGAGAUCCCGCCCUCGACUGUUUCUCCACUCGUUAUAUGUUCCGUAAACAGGGAGCGGGUGAGACCUAUCUUUACGUAGACGCCUCAAAGCAAGUUGAGACGUUUUGCAAGGUUCCCCCUCUGAGCGUCUGUAACGGUGACUACGGAAACUCCAUCGGCCGUGGCUCAUUCAAAUUCAAGACUGGUAAAUGGCAGUCCCUCCUGCAACGCAUCACGCUAAACACACCAGGCCACGCAGAUGGACGUGUCCAAGUUUUUAGCGAUGGAGUUGAGGUGAUUGACUUUGGGCAAGUUAGCUACAGGAACACUGCAAAUGUAGGAUUCGUCGGGAUUGAGUUUGAGACUUUCUUUGGCGGGUCGGACUCUAGUUGGGCUACACCGAAAGAUCAGUAUGUCUAUUUUAGGGGAUUCAGUUUGCAUUGGGAGUGAAGAGCGGAGGAAGGCAGCCGUGACAGUUUGUAGUAGUGUGGUAGCGAUAUGUACCAUGUGAGAAACAUAUUUUUAAGCAGGGUCCCAG